AUGGCAGCCGAUACAGAAGCCAACGUGGCACAACAGCAGGAGCUGGUAAAGCCGAUCAAAUCAUGGAAAGGUUAUCUCUGGGACACGUGGGAUUUGCCCAGCGAUCAGCGUUGGUUGUUGUUCAAGCUUGACGCGUUCGUACUCACGUUCGCAUCUAUCGGUUAUUUUUUGAAGAAUUUGGAUCUUCAGAAUGUUACUAAUGCCUACUUGAGUGGCAUGGAAGAAGAUUUGGAGAUGUAUGGCAAUCAGCUGCUUGAGGUUGGCUGGGGUAUCGCCACCAUGUGCAUGUCCAGCGUCAAGUCCUACAAAGCACUUUAUGCUCUUCGUUUCAUCGUCGGAAUUUUUGAAUCCGGAUUUUACCCUGGUAUUCAUUAUUUACUCGGAUCGUGGUAUACACCUCAGGAAAUCGGAAAACGCGCCAUGACAUUCUGGCUUGCAGGGUCGAUUGGUCAGCUUUUCAGUGGGUUUCUACAAGCUGCAGCAUAUACGAACCUGGAUGGCGUGGAUGGCCGCGCGGGAUGGAGAUGGCUUUUCAUCAUUGAUGGCAUCAUCACACUGCCACUCGCAUUGGCUGGGUUUAUUUUCUUCCCUAACUUGCCCCAGAGCGGCAAGAAAACUUGGUGGACCUCCGAAGAAGAACAUGUUCUUUCAGUGAAGAGAAUGCAGGUGAUUGGUCGAGCUGGAGAAGAGCCUUGGACAAAGGCUAAGGCGCGAAGGAUUUUCUUGAGUUGGCAUACUUGGCUUCUCCCACUUCUGUAUAUCGUUUGGAACAAUGGAUAUCCACAGGUCGGCAUGGGAUACUGGCUGAAAAGUUUCAAUGCGACACCAGCUCCUGUUCCUGGUAAAACCUUCACGGUGGCACAAAUAGACAACUUACCGUUGGUUACCACGGGUAUAUUUAUUGCUAUGGCAUUUGUUUGGGGAUGGCUUUCCGAUGGUCCCAUGCGAGGUUCUAGAUGGCCUUUCAUUCAUAUUGGUGCUGUGAUCACUAUUGUGUUCUGUGUUCUCCUGCGUCAAAUGCCUCUCUACACAAAUAUCGAUGGCCGGAUGACGGUAUACUGGUUGAGUUUCAUCGGAACUGGCGCUGGUCCGUUAAUUCUCAGCUGGGCCAAUGAGAUAUGCUCGGCUGAUACGGAGAAGAGAGCUCUCGUUGUUGCAAUGGCGAACGAUCUCGCCUACGUUGUACAGGCAGUGGCGCCUAAUUUUGUGUGGAAAACGACCGACUUUCCUGCUGCGAAGGACGGAUAUCUCUGGGCGAUAAUACUGCAAAUUCUGUCGAGUAAAGGAAUAUUGGAGCUAUAUUUGAAAAAGCCGAACCAUGUCGUCAUUGCCGGUGUCCGCGAUCCAGGGAAUGCUAGUUCUCAAGCGUUGGCCCAAACCCCCAGGGCUGAUGGGACUGAGCUCCAUGUCAUCAAGAUCGAUGCAACAUCUGCGACCGACGCGGCCGCCGCAGUGAAGGAGCUCGCGACUAAGAACAUCAACCACAUUGAUAUACUUCUUGCAAACGCUGGAAUUUGUUUGAACUGGCCAAAAGUAUCGGAAGUCAAGAUCGAGGAUAUCCAGACCCAUAUUGAUGUCAAUGUGUAUGGCUUUAUCUACCUUUACCAGGCUUUUCGUGAUAUCUUGAAAAUAGCUAAGAAUCCUAAAUGGGUGACGAUCGAAAUGAACAGGAACUUUAUCCCUGCGCGGAAUGCAUCAUAUGCUCCUAGUAAAUUGAUACAGCACUGGUAUACAAAGGCCAUAUCAGCAGAAGAUGAAUGGCUAACUGCAUUCCCGGUUGAACCAGGUUGGGUGCAAACGGAAAUGGGUAAUCGGGGAGCUGAGACUUUUGGAAUGGAAAAAGCUGCUCUCACUGUAGAAGAGAGUGCCAAGGGCGUGGUGCAGGUUGUCGAUGUUGCUACGCGGCAAACUCACAGUGGAAGGCUAUUCAGACACGAUGGUGGAGAAGAGCCUUGGUAG